ACCCAUCCCCUAGUUGAAUAUGGGCAUGGCAGGGGCAUUCCGAGGAAUCCAGUCGCUUGACGUGGGCCAGAGGGGGUCUCGGAUUUUUAAAGCACUGUCCUGUCUCUCACUUCAUUUAGCCGUGCAGGGGUGUCAGCCACUCUCGACGGCCGCUCGCUCUGCCUACUCCUCCGCCACCUCGUCUGUUCGCCACACUUUCUUACUUCUCCUGCGUAUGUGCUGCCUUUAAGCCAAAACAGUUAUCGGACAGUUACUAAAAGUCUCAAUGUGUUGCUAAUUUGGAAAGAAGGAAAACAUACCGGAGCUGUCACCGCUGGACGAGCUAAACUGGAUAAUAGCCUACAUUCAUCACAAAGGUGACAGAAGUAGCUUGAAAUAUCAACUACGGACUUGGUCGCCAGCACAAACGCAAAUCUUCCUCCUUUCUCCCCCUCCUCGGGUCUCUUUCCAACUUUUGAACUUUUCCUUUUUUCUCUCUCUCCUCAUUCGCGAGUGCGCGCGCCUGGCACUGCCCCGCUCCCCCGCGUGCAGUGAAAAAAACAACCCUCUCACACACCGGCCUCACUGAUUGUCGUAUAAAAAAGGAGGCACGGAAAACCGAAAACAUGAUGAGCAAUAACGCUUACUACGACCAGCUGCCGCCGCAGUACUACUACGGCACCGACAACGGGGAAGAGGGCGAAGAGGAGAUGCCGGCCACGGAGAAAGACCUCGCGGAAGAUGCGCCCUGGAAGAAGAUCCAGCAGAACACCUUCACGAGGUGGUGCAACGAACACCUGAAGUGCAUCAAUAAGAGGAUCAACGACCUCCAGAAGGAUCUGAGCGAUGGCUUGAAGCUCAUCGGGCUGCUCGAAGUUUUGAGUCAAAAGCAUAUGUACAGAAAAUACCACGCCAGACCAAACUUCAGGCAGAUGAAACUGGAGAAUGUCUCGGUAGCCCUGGAAUUUCUGGAGAGGGAGCACAUUAAGCUGGUUUCUAUAGACAGUAAGGCCAUCGUGGACGGUAACCUGAAGCUGAUCCUGGGGCUGAUAUGGACGCUGAUCCUGCACUACUCCAUCUCCAUGCCCAUGUGGGAGGACGAGGACGAGGAGGACGCGCGCAAGCUGACCCCCAAGCAGCGGCUCCUGGGCUGGAUCCAGAACAAGGUGCCCCAGCUGCCCAUCACCAACUUCCACCGCGACUGGCGGGACGGCAAGGCCCUCGGCGCGCUGGUGGACAACUGCGCUCCAGGUCUGUGUCCUGACUGGGAGUUAUGGGACCCCAACCAGCCGGUGGAGAAUGCCAGGGAGGCCAUGCAGCAGGCUGACGACUGGCUUGGAGUGCCACAGGUGAUCGCCCCGGAGGAGAUCGUGGACCCGAAUGUGGACGAGCACUCGGUGAUGACCUACCUAUCCCAGUUCCCCAAAGCCAAGCUCAAGCCCGGAGCCCCCAUCCGCCCCAAGACCCUCCACCCAACAAGAGCCAGGGCCUACGGACCAGGUAUUGAGCCCCGGGGCAACAUGGUCCUAAAGCCCGCUGAGUUCAUGGUGGAGACGGUGGAGGCAGGUCUGGGAGAGGUGCUGGUGUACGUGGAGGACCCAGAGAGACACACAGAGGAGGCCCGUGUGAUCCCAAAUAACGACAAGAACAGAACCUACUCUGUGGUCUACGUUCCAAAGGUGGAAGGCCUCCACAAGGUGAAGGUGCUCUUCGCUGGGCAGGACAUUGACCGCAGCCCCUUCAUGGUGCAGGUGUCCAAGGCCAUGGGCGACCCCAACAAGGUGCAGGCCCGGGGGCCGGGUCUGGAACCCACAGGCAACGUGGCCAACAAGACCACCUACUUCGACAUUUACACCGCAGGCGCCGGUGCUGGCGACGUGGGCGUGAUCAUCGUGGACUCGCAGGGCCGGCGGGACACGGUGGAGAUCAUCCUGGAGAACAAGGGGGACAGUGUUUUCCGUUGCACCUACGUGCCCGUGCUGCAGGGCGCCCACACGGUCUACGUGACCUUCGCUGGGCAGCAGAUACCCAGAAGCCCUUUCUCUGUAAACAUCUCAGAGGCUCCUGCAAACUCGCGGUCUCCUGGCUCGCCGGUACAGAUAAUCCCCCAGUCUAUACGCACCCCGCCCUCAGACAAGGCUCGGAGGGUGCCCCCCCCUACUCCACCCAAACCCAGGCGACCAACCAGUAACCCUAACGCGUGCAGGGCGUCCGGGAGAGGCCUGCAGCCAAAGGGCAUGCGGGUGAAGGAGGUGGCCGACUUCAAGGUGUACACCAAGGGGGCGGGCAGCGGAGACCUGCGGGUCGGAGUCAAGGGACCCAAGGGUAAUGAUGAGCCGGUGAAGGGCGAGGAUGUGGGGGGCGGGGUCUACGAGUACGACUACUACCCCAUCUUCCCUGGCAAAUACAUCAUCAGCAUCACCUGGGGAGGACAGCCCAUCCCCCGCAGUCCGUUCGAGGUGUACGUGAGUGAGGAGGCGGGGCCCCAGAAGGUGCGUGCCUGGGGCCCCGGGCUGGAGACGGGCAUGGUCGGCCAAUCAGCUGACUUCGUGGUGGAGGCCAUCGGCACCGAGGUCGGAACCCUGGGUUUCUCCAUCGAGGGCCCAUCCCAGGCCAAGAUCGAGUGUGACGAUAAGGGCGACGGCUCGUGUGACAUGCGCUAUUGGCCGACGGAGGCCGGCGACUACGCCGUGCACGUCAUCUGCGACGACGAGGACAUCAAGGACAGCCCCUUCAUCGCCCACAUCCUCCCCGCAGCCAAUGACGUCUUCCCAGAGAAGGUGCAGUGUUCUGGCCCAGGUCUGGAACCCACUGGCUGCAUCGUCAACAAGCCUGCCGAGUUCACCAUCGACGCCCAGGCAGCCGGCAAUGGUCAGCUUCGGAUAUAUGCUCAGGAUGCAGAGGGCUUCCCCAUCGACAUCCAGAUCACAGAUAACGGAGACCAGACCUACUUCUGUGUGUACGUUCCCAGCAAGCCCAUCAAACACACCAUCAUCAUCACGUGGGGAGAGGUCAACGUUCCCAACAGCCCCUUUAGGGUGACCAUUGGAGAGGGCAGCCACCCAGAGAAUGUGAAGGUGUACGGUCCGGGUGUGGAGAAGAGUGGACUCAAGGCCAACGAGCCGACAUACUUCACCGUAGACUGCAGCGAAGCAGGACAAGGGGACGUCAGCAUCGGGAUCAAGUGUGCCCCAGGUGUGGUGGGACCUGCGGAGGCCGACAUCGACUUUGACAUCAUCAAGAACGACAACGACACCUUCACCGUCAAGUACACGCCCCCUGGAGCUGGCCGAUACACCAUCAUGGUGCUGUUCGCAGACCAGGAGAUUCCCAUCAGCCCAUUCCGCAUCAAGGUCGACCCCUCCCACGAUGCCGCCAAGGUCAAAGCUGAGGGCCCGGGACUCAGCAAGACAGGGGUAGAGGUGGGUAAGCCCACCCACUUCACCAUCUACACCAAGGGGGCGGGGAAGGCCACUCCCGAGGUCGUCUUCACGGGUGCCUCAAAAGGCGAGGCCGUCAGCGACUUUGAGAUCAUCGACAACCAUGACUACUCCUACACAGUGCGCUACACUGCUUUACAACAGGGCAACCUGAGCAUCUCUGUGUUCCAUGGUGGUGAUGCCAUUCCCAAGAGCCCCUUCGGCAUCGGCGUGGCGCCUCCACUGGACAUCAACAAGGUCAAAGUUCAAGGCCUCAACAACAAGGUGGACGUGGGCAAGGACGAGGAGUUCACGGUGAACACGCGCGGCGCCGGCGGCCAGGGCAAGGUGGACGUCAAGAUCACCUCCCCCUCCCGACGGCCAAUCCCCUGCAAGGUGGAGUCCAGCUCGUCCAAUGAGGAGCACACGAUCAAGUACAUCCCGCCCGAGGAAGGGCCCUACAAGGUGGACGUGACCUACGACGGCCACCCCGUCCCGGGCAGCCCCUUCGCCGUGGAGGGGGUCAUGCCCCCGGACCCCACCAAGGUGCGUGCUUAUGGGCCAGGCCUGCAGGGUGGCGUGGUGGGCAAGCCGGCCCCCUUCGCCAUCGACACCAAGGGGGCGGGCACCGGCGGGCUGGGCCUGACGGUGGAGGGUCCCUGCGAGGCCAAGAUAGAGUGCCAGGACAACGGCGACGGCUCCUGCUCCGUCUCCUACCUGCCCACCGAGCCCGGAGAGUAUUCCAUCAACAUACUGUUCGCCGAGCAACACAUCCCCGGCUCCCCCUUCAAAGCCAUGGUCCAGUCGGUUUUCGACCCCAGCAAGGUGACGGCGAGUGGGCCGGGCCUGGAGCGGGGCAAGGUGGACGAGGCCGCCUCCUUCACGGUCGACUGCUCCAAAGCCGGCGAGGCCGAGCUGACCAUCGAGAUCAUCUCCGACGCCGGCGCCCCGGCCGAGGUGCGCGUGCAGAACAACAGCGACGGCACCUACUCCAUCACGUACAUCCCGCCCUUCCACGGCAUGUACACCAUCACCAUCAAGUACGGGGGCCACGCCGUGCCGAACUUCCCCGCCCGGGUGCAGGUGGACCCCAGCAUCGACACCAGCGGCAUCAAGGUCUACGGGCCCGGAGUGGACUCCAGAGGAGUUCUGAAGGAGGUCAACACUCAUUUCGUCGUGGACGCCCGUGCGGUGAGCAAGUCCGGUGGUAGCCAGAUCAAGGCGCGCAUCGUCAACCCCUCAGGCUCCAACACGGACGCCUUCAUCACCGACAAGGGAGACGGCACGUACAAAGUGGAGUACACGGCCUACGAGGACGGUAUGCACCUGAUUGAGGUGCUGUACGAGGACGUAGCGAUCCCCAAGAGCCCCUUCAGGGUGGGGGUGACGGAGGGCUGUGACCCCAGCCGAGUACGGGCCUACGGACCAGGCCUGGAGGAGGGGCUAGUCAACAAGCCCAACCUCUUCACCGUGGAGACCAGGGGUGCGGGUACAGGUGGCCUGGGCCUUGCCAUCGAGGGUCCCUCGGAGGCCAAGAUGUCCUGCAAGGACAACAAAGAUGGCAGCUGCAGCGUGGAGUACAUCCCCUUCACCCCCGGGGACUACGACGUCAACAUCACCUUCGGGGGCCUGCCCAUCCCAGGUAGCCCGUUCCGCGUGCCAGUGCGUGAGGUGGUGGACCCCAGCAAGGUGAAGUGCCUGGGCCCCGGGCUGGGCAGCGGCGUGCGCGCCCACGUCCCCCAGGCCUUCACUGUGGACUGCAGCAAGGCAGGCGUCGCCCCCCUGGAGGUACAACUGUACGGACCCACAGGAGUUGCUGAGCACGUCAGCAUCACGGAUAACGGUGACGGUACACACACAGUCAACUACACCCCCACCAAAGAUGGACCCCACACUGUCUGCGUCAAGUACGCCGACCAGGAAGUGCCUCGCAGUCCAUUUAAAAUCAAGGUUUUGCCCGCCCACGAUGCCAGCAAGGUGCGUGCCAGCGGCCCAGGCCUCAACGCCUCAGGUGUGCCGGCCAGCUUACCUGUGGAGUUCACCAUCGACGCCCGCGAUGCCGGAGAGGGCCUUCUCACCGUCCAGAUUUUGGGUCCGGACGGCUGCAGGCAGGAGGCCUCGGUGUUUGUGUCCGAAUGGGGCAUGCGGGUGUGGGAGAGUCACAUUACAAAGGGAACCAUCCCCUUCUAUAUUCUUAAGCAAGGCGGCUACGAUCCCGAGGGCAAGCCCAAGAAGGCCAACAUCCGUGACAAUCGGGAUGGAACAUACACCGUGUCAUAUGUGCCAGACAUGACCGGCCGCUACACCAUCACCAUCAAAUAUGGCGGAGACGAGAUCCCCUAUUCGCCCUAUCGCAUCCACGCAGUGCCCUCAGGAGACGCCAGCAAGUGUUUGGUCACAGUUUCCAUUGGAGGACAUGGAUUGGGAUCAGGGCUGGGACCCACCAUCCAGAUCGGCGAGGAGACGGUGAUCACCGUAGACGCAAAGGCCGCUGGGAAGGGCAAGGUGACCUGCAAGGUGUCGACCCCAGACGGGGCGGAGCUCGACGUGGACGUGGUAGAGAACGCGGACGGAACAUUUGACAUCUACUACACGGCACCGGAGCCGGGGAAAUACGUCAUCACCAUCCGCUUCGGAGGAGAGCACAUUCCCAACAGCCCCUUCCAUGUGGUGGCGAGCGAUACCAUUCCCAUUAUAGAGGAGCCGUGUGAUAAAGUGCAGCUGCAGCAGCCCUACGCCCCCUACCAGGGCUACGCGCCACACUGGGCAACAGAGGAGCCAAUCACAGCCACCAACGGGAUUGAGCCCAUGCUUCGGCCCUUCAACCUGGUCAUCCCCUUCACGGUGCAGAAAGGAGAGAUCACAGGUGAAGUGCGAAUGCCCUCGGGUAAGACGGCGCGUCCCAACAUCACAGACAACAAGGACGGCACAGUGACCGUGAAGUACGCCCCCACUGAGAAAGGCCUGCACGAGAUGGACAUCAAAUACGAUGGCAACCACAUACCAGGAAGUCCACUGCAGUUCUAUGUGGACGCCAUCAACAGUGGUCAUGUGACGGCCUAUGGGCCUGGCCUGAGCCACGGCAUGCUCAACAAGCCCGCCCUCUUCACCAUCGUCACCAAGGACGCAGGGGAAGGUGGCCUGUCCCUGGCAGUGGAGGGUCCCUCCAAGGCGGAGAUCUCCUGCAAGGACAACAAAGAUGGCACCUGCACCGUCUCCUACCUGCCCACCGCCCCGGGAGACUACAACAUCAUCGUCAAGUUCGACGACAAGCACAUCCCCGGCAGCCCCUUCACCGCCAAGAUCACAGGUGAUGACUCGUUGAGGACGUCCCAGCUAAACGUUGGCACGGCGACAGACGUAUCUCUGAAGAUCACGGAGACGGACCUGAGCUCGCUGUCGGCCAGCAUCCGGGCCCCGUCCGGUAACGAGGAGCCCUGUCUGCUCAAGAGGCUGCCCAAUCGACACAUUGGCAUCUCCUUCACCCCUAAGGAGGUGGGGGAGCACGUGGUGAGCGUGAAGAAAAACGGGAAGCACGUCACCAACAGCCCCUUCAAGAUCAUGGUGGGCCAGUCGGAGAUCGGCGACGCCAGCAAGGUCAAGGUGUUCGGCAGCGGCCUCAUCGAGGGACACACCUUCGAGGUGGCCGAGUUCAUCCUGGACACCAGGAACGCAGGUUAUGGAGGUCUGGGCCUGUCCAUCGAGGGUCCCAGUAAGGUGGACAUCAACUGUGAGGACGUGGAGGACGGCACCUGUAAAGUCACCUACUGCCCCACGGAGCCCGGCACCUACAUCAUCAACAUCAAGUUCGCUGACCAGCACAUACCAGGCAGCCCGUUCACGGUGAAGAUUACGGGCGAGGGCCGCAUGAAGGAGAGCAUCACCAGGAGAAGGCAGGCCCCCACCAUCGCCACCGUAGGAAGCACCUGCGACCUCAACCUCAAGAUACCAGGCAACUGGUUCCAGAUGGUGUCGGCGCAGGAGCGCCUCACCCGCACCUUCACGCGCAGCAGUCACACCUCCUACACGCGCACCGAGCGCACCGAGAUCAGCAAGACCCGGGCCGGCGAGACCAAGCGCGAGGUGCGCGUGGAGGAGAGCACGCAGGUGGGGGGCGGCGGCGGCGGCGGCCCCCCGGGGGGCGUAGGAGGCCCCGCCGGCACCACCAGCCCCUUUCGAGACGUCUUUGGCGGCUUCCUGGGCCGAGAGGGGGCCACCACCACUGCCUACAGCGGAGCGCAAGCCAGACAAGCAGAGGGUGAGUCGGGGACGCAGGAGAUGCUGGCGCAGGUGACCAGCCCGAGUGGCAAGAUGGAGGAGGCGGAGAUCGUGGAGGGAGAGGAGGACAGCAGCACCUACAGUGUGCGCUUCGUGCCCCACGAGAUGGGGCCGCACACCGUCAACGUCAAGUACCGCGGCCAGCACGUGCCGGGGAGCCCCUUCCAGUUCACCGUGGGGCCCCUGGGGGAGGGCGGCGCCCACAAGGUGCGGGCGGGCGGGUCCGGCCUGGGCAGGGGCGUGGCUGGAGUGCCAGCUGAGUUCAGCAUCUGGACUCGAGAGGCUGGGGCUGGCGGUCUGUCCAUCGCCGUGGAAGGACCCAGCAAAGCAGAGAUCUCCUUUGAGGACAGGAAGGACGGCUCCUGCGGGGUGGCCUAUGUCGUACAGGAGCCCGGUGACUAUGAGGUGUCCAUUAAGUUCAACGACGAGCACAUACCAGACAGCCCCUUCAUCGUUCCCGUGGCGACGCUAUCUGACGACGCCCGUCGACUUACCGUCACCAGUCUGCAGGAGAUGGGGUUGAAGGUGAAUCAGGAAGCCUCGUUUGCGGUGCAGCUGAACGGCGCCUGCGGGGUGAUCGACGCCAAGGUGCACACGCCCUCCGGAGCCGUGGAGGAGUGCUACAUCACCGAGCUGGAGAACGACAAGCACGCGAUCCGCUUCAUUCCGCGGGAGAAUGGCGUCCACUCCAUUGACGUGCGGUUCAACGGGAGCCACAUCCCCGGCAGCCCCUUCAAGAUCCGCGUGGGAGAACCCGGACAGGCCGGGGACCCUGGGAUGGUGUCCGCUUUCGGACCGGGCUUGGAGGGUGGAUCCACAGGCGUGCCGUCAGAGUUUGUGGUGAACACGUGUAACGCGGGCUCGGGCGCCCUCUCGGUGACCAUCGACGGGCCAUCCAAGGUCAAGAUGGACUGCCAGGAGUGCGCGGAGGGCUACAAGGUCAUCUACACGCCCAUGGCCCCCGGUAGCUACCUCAUCUCCAUCAAGUACGGCGGGCCACAGCACAUCAUGGGCAGCCCCUUCAAGGCCAAAGUCACAGGUCCUCGUCUGUCGGGAGGCCACAGUCUGCACGAGACGUCCUCGGUGCUGGUGGAGACGGUGACCAAGUCUAUGACGUCGUCGGGGGCGUUCGCCUCGCUCCCCAAGUUCUCCUCGGACGCCAGCAAGGUGGUGUCCAGAGGGGCGGGCCUCUCCAAGGCCUUCAUCGGACAGAAGAACACCUUCACCGUCGACUGCAGUAAAGCAGGCACCAACAUGCUGAUGGUGGGCGUGCACGGGCCCAAGACGCCGUGCGAGGAGGUGUACGUCAAGCACAUGGGCAACCGCAUGUACAACGUGACCUACACCGUCAAGGAGAAGGGCGACUACAUCCUGAUCCUCAAGUGGGGAGACGAGAUGGUGCCGGGCAGUCCGUACCACGUCACCGUGCCUUAAAACAAACCCCCCCCCAUGGACUCCCCCAUGCCUUUUGGUUGUGUGCAGGGCUCUGAAUUAACUUUCUUUUGUCACCAGCCAAAAUAGCUCGCAGAUGUAAAUCUUACAAGCCAAACACACUCACUAAUGGGUCAAAGUGCCUAGUAAGUCAUUUUUUUCUACCAGCCAAACUGAAAUUUCACCAGCAUUUGGCUUGUUGGCUGGUGUUAAUUUAGAGCCCUGAUUGUGUGUUUUUGUAAUGGACUGGUCCAUUACCCCCCCCCCCCCCCCCCCCCCCCCCCAUCGUUACUCCCCAUUGAAAACCCCCGAAGCCCGUAUCCUAUUAUACUGCCACAGAAAGUCAGACACACUAUGUAAUGCAUACGCAUAUAAGGACUUAAUCACUGUCUGUGCAUGGAGAGUGGAGGGGAGGACAUUUUGCAAUAACUACAGUACGUUUUGCAUCCAUUUUUAUAGGAAACAGGCACAAUCUCUUUCGUGUUUUUUGUACACCUCUUCACACUAGAUACAAGCACCACCGCAAAAUCACAUUUUCUCGAUGUCGCCUAAACGGAGCAUGACGUGAACCUUGCGGUGUUAAACCCAAAGGUAGAUUAUGGGUUCAGAUAACAAAGACUGCCACUACAGUAGAGUGACUUCAGUGAGGCAAUGGGGCACCUAAGUCACGCCCUCUACUUCCUGGUUCAUGGGGCAGAGGGAGUCAAAAAAUAAUUGCUGGGCUUGAAAUGAGUGAUUUUUCGACAACAAUCCAAACCUUGGACCUCCACUUAUGCACCACAAGUCCACCACGACUCGCCUCGUUCACUUCCAUUUGUUUUUUUGCAACUGUCUGCCCCGUGAACCAGGAAGUAGAGGGCGGGACUUAGGUGCCCCAUUUGGCCUGAUGGAAUCUAGCCCUGUGGUUGCCAUGGCUUUCCACAGAUCUGGCCUGGGUCAAGUCCGGAUCUGUUGCUGUUUUACUGUUGCCUGGGAAAUCCCAUGCUGCUUUGCACAAUCUUUCGGAAUCUGAAAGACAGCAUGGAGUCUAUCCCUCAGCAAGGGUUCCCAAUCAUGGUCUCCAAACAGGCAGCAGGGAGGCGUGCAAAGGCGAUGAAUGCAAUUUGUCUGAAUAGACACAACUGACACGAUUGGCUAUGGGCUACGUAUGCCAAAUGUUACAAAUUUGUAACGCCCAAUAAACAGCCGUUGUCAAUCGUAAGCCACACACCCCCUACGGGAUUUACAGUAGACAGGUCUCCAGACCCUAUCUCAGUUGUGAUUAGGUCUGGUGGUACCCAGGCAAGAUUUACUCUAAGUCCUGUCAGAUUCUGGUGCUUAUUUCGCUUAGAUCUGACAGACUCAGACCAAAUCUCUUUUUUUUUUCUCUCAAAGAGUUGCCCCGGGAGGUUGCCAUAUAUCCUGCAUCAAUUACUCUGUCAAGCUCACUCUUCCUCCAUCUUUUCUUCAUUUUCCAUGACUCCCCUCUGCUCUCUCUCCACUUCCUCUCGUUCUGAAAUGUGAUAUUUUUGUACGUUUACUUUUUUUUUUUUCUUGGAUGCCAGAGAAUGUAUCGUGAAGAGUGACAGAUAGGUCAGCAGUUAAAGGCACGUCUGUUUCCGUGACGACGGAACGCUGGGCCCUGUGUUGUGGGUGUGGCUUUGGUUGUCGCUGCCCAAUCAGCUUCCUUUCUGCAGCCGUUUGCAGGCAGGAUCUAACAUGUAUUUAUUUAGUCUCUUUUUUUUCCUGACAGAAAAGUGUCUUAUUAUUAUUAAUAUUUCAUGGGGGGGUGGGGGUUGUUUUGUUUUAAUGGGGAAAGAAAUACAAUCAUUUACAGAGAUACCCCGCUGGUAGCAUACUCUAAUUCUGUGUCUGGCUUGGAUCUGGCCAUAAGUCGCUGGAUAGAGAUCACACACACACGCGCACGCGCACACACACACGCUUAUUACUUAUUCAGGCCUGUUAAAAAAGCCUUCCAUUACCUUAUUUUUUCUCUCUGUCACACACACACACACACACACACACACACACACACACACACACACACACACACACACACACACACACACACACACACACACACACACACACUCAAUAUAAAAGCCAUGUUUGGGACUCGUGCUAAACCAGAACAGAACCAGAGUCCACUUCCAGUUGGGUUGGUUGGCCCACACGGGGAAAAAAAUAAAAUUCUCUCCCUCCUCUUUCCGAAAGCUGUGGAUCAGUACCGUGAGACGAGAGAGAGGGAGACUCCUGAAGCCCCCCGUGCAGAGAGCCUGCUACUACUACAGUAUUUUUUGUGAAUGAAACUAUACACAGUGAAGAAGAAGAAGAAGAAGAAAAAAAAAACGUAUACCGGAGUGACAUUUUAUAGUGAUUUUAUAUGUAUGACAACGAAUGGGAAGGAUGUGAGUCUAAUUGUUUGAUAUAUUAACCUACUGUUUUUGGUAAGACUGUGCAGACAUAAUUAACAAAAAAAAAGUGUAACUGCUAACUUGCCAUUAAAAAGCUCAAAUAUG